CUCGGCAGUUGCCCCCUGAGAGGAGACUGAGCCUGAAGGGACAGGUCAUCAUCAGCUUGUGUUUCAAACGAUGGAAGAGUAAUCUGAGCAGACGGCUGUGUCCUAUAGAAGAGUUCUUAGAGCCAAAGUGGAUUUUGAAAUGAAUUUAGAACAAAAGUGGGAAUGAUGAUACCUAUAUAUUUUUCUCAGACCCAGAACACUUAUUUUGCUCUUCAGGUUACUGUUGAUUAACAACUCAGCUCAUUCACCAACAAACCAAAAGCUAACAGACGUUAUUUAAAGCAAGCUCUGCACAUCUCCUCCUACCACCAUCACUUGGGCGAAAGCAUGGAGCAAUUAUUUAAAACCUUUCCAAAGACCUUUCCUUUAUUCUGUGCUACCUACUUGCUGCCAGGCCACACGACCUGGAUGGUCAAAGAGAUUAAAUAUUUUAUUUUUAUGUUAUUAUUUUCUUAUCUCUAGAUGCCUGUGGUAAACCACCAGUGUUCGAAUCAAUGAAGUUAAAGGGUGUCGCUAAAUCUUCAUAUUUACCUGGGGAGAAAGUAUAUUAUGAGUGUAACCCAGGAUACCAUUAUACGAUAGUUUAUCCUCUCAAUACUUUUUGUGAGUCUAAUAACUCAUGGUUCCCUAUCGAUGAAGCUUGUUUCCGAAAAGAAUGUCCAACUCCAAAAGUCCCAAAUGGUGUUGUAGUAGACCCCCAAGUGGGAUUUUACUUUGACAACGAAGCUCACUUUUUUUGUGAUGAGGGUUAUUACUUAGAAGGAGAAAAAAUUCUAACUUGUAAACGUUCUGGAAGCAAUGUGCAUUGGAACUAUGAUAUCCCCAAAUGUGAAAAGAUUUUGUGUCAAUCACCUGGAAAAAUAAAAAAUGGAAAAUACACCAAUAGUUGGAGGGAUACCUUUGAAUAUAAUGAAUUAGUAACAUAUAGUUGUGAUCCUUCAAAUGGACCAGAGGAAUAUUCACUUGUUGGAGAGAGCAAACUUAUUUGUUCUGGGCCUGGCACAUGGAGUAGUAAGGCUCCUGAGUGUAAAGUGGUCAGAUGUGAAUUUCCAGUGCUCAAGAAUGGAAAACCAGUAUCAGGAAUUAGAGAAAAAUUUUCCUACCAAGCUGUGGUUUUAUUUGAAUGCCUCUCAGGUUUCUACCUUAAUGGCAGCAACCCAGUGUUCUGUGGUGGAAAUAAUACCUGGGAGCCUGAGAUGCCAACGUGUAUUAAAGGUUUUAAGCCUACUCAUCCAACCAAGCCUCCAGUUUCAAGAUAUCCAGGAUAUCCCAAUCCCAGUGAAUUUCCAUCAAUUGAAGACUUUGAGGAAUUAGAUGCGGGAACCAUUGCUUUAAUUAUUCUCACUAUACUUGUUGGCAUUGCAGUAAUUUGCACCUGUUUGUACAAAUGUCUUCGCAGAGAGAAGAAAGGGUAAAUUAAAGCAUGUUUCCUCUAAUUUAUUGGUCCUUCUCACUCUUGAUAUACUUUCGUGAUGCUUUUUGUACUCUGUUUGCAUGCCAUCUAUUUUUAAAAUGUACUGUAUUAGUGUGUCAUGCGAAUUACGUUUCCUUACUAAAAAUAUUUUCAUCUGCUUUUAAUAUUAUUGCAACAAUGGUAAUCUGUGCAGACUUGC